AUGUUCGUCGCGAACAGAUUAGGAGAGAUCGGUGAGUUGUCAAAGGUUACGGAAUGGCACUGGGUACCCACGGGCUUAAACCCGGCUGACGAUGCGACGCGACCGUCUGACUUACCCAUGCGCUCAGAUGAUCGGUGGUUGAUUGGCCCCAAAUUCUUGCUCGAAAGUCGUAAUUCGUGGCCGAAAGAAAAAACCUUGAAAAAUACUGAGAAGCGGGCAAUAAAUGAGUUAGAAGCUCGGAAAGAAUAUAUCGGAGCGGCGUUUCUAAAACAACCUGAAAUGUGGAUGAUCCCUACUAGAGUCAGAUUGCUCGGGUGGCAAAGAGUGAUGAGACCCAUAAUGCGCGUGAGACAAAUAUUUAUCAUUUGGCGUCGAUAUCGAAGGCCGCCCGGAGAGAGCAACACGCUCAGUAAACCUUCAGCGUUGGAACAUCAACAGCGAGAGAAGAUGAUUUUAAAACGCCUAAAAGUAAUGGAGUCGCCGGAAAACGUCGCUGACGCGGAAAAAUUUUGGUACCGCGAGAUUCAAGCUGCAUGUUUUUGGAGAGAGUUAGAAUCGUUACGAAAAGGCGAUUCCCCUAAAGGUAGCAAACUAUUUGGCUUAGAGCCGUACAUCGAUAAUGAAGGUUUAUUGCGGGCAAGAGGACGCGUCACAAAAUUGGAGAAAACGAAGGGAGUAAAAUCAGAGUUCGACGUCGAAGAAUUUGAGAAUCGACCGAUAAUAUUAGAUGCUGAUCACUAUGCCACCAAACUUCUGAUUCUGGAGUUUCAUCGCCGUUACAAACAUGCUAACAAUGAGACGGUGUUAAACGAGUUACGACAACAAUUCUACAUAAUAGGGCUUAGAUCGAGACUCAGACGGCUAGCGAAACGCUGCGUUACUUGUCGCAUGCGUAAGGCUAAACCAUCAAAUCCGCCGAUGGCCGAUUUACCCGCGUGUCGCGUAGCCUACCAACAACGCCCGUUUACGCACUGCGGUAUCGACUGCUUUGGGCCGAUGACAAUAAAAAUUGGACGUCGGCACGAAAAACGUUGGGGCGUUCUCUUCACGUGCAUGACAACGAGAGCAGUCCACGUAGAAUUAGCAAGCACGUUGAAUGCGAGUUCAACUAUUAUGGCGAUCCAGAGACUAGCUAGUAGACGGGGUUUUCCGACCGAUAUGUACAGCGACAACGGUACGAACUUCGUAAAGGCCGAUAAGGAAUUAAAGGAAGCGAUCGCCAAUAUUGAUAAAAAUAAGCAACGACAAUUCGCGGCAAGAAAUCGCUUCAAUUGGCAUUUUAAUCCUCCCGAUGCCCCGCACAUGGGGGGAGCUUGGGAGCGAUUGGUUCGCUCAAUAAAAAUAGGUUUACGUCACGCCCUGGAAGGGCAGGUUACGACGGAGGAAGUACUUCACACGAUUUUGAUUGAGGUUGAGCAUAUGGUCAAUUCGCGGCCGUUGACCCAUGUGUCGGUAGACCCGCGAGACGAGGAGGCGCUCACGCCCAACCAUUUUUUAAUCGGUUGCUCAUCUGGUCACUUACGGAUGCCAAAGUACGACAAGGUGGUAGAAAAUCCUCGGAAGACCUUCGAGAUUGCUCAAAACUUGGCGAACGGCUUUUGGAAACGGUGGCUUCGCGAGUAUAUUCCGACACUUCUGCCUCGUACGAAGUGGUGUACUCCAGCUGAACCUUUAAAAUUAAACGACAUAGUUCUUGUUGUAGAUUUCCAAUCCCAACGAAACGAAUGGAAAAAGGGCAGAGUAAUUGAGCUUUUCCCAAAUAAAUCCGACAACGUCAUUAGAAUCGUGAAAUUUGUCAGAAUAAGUCAAAAAUCGAGUGAAUUUUUGACUGGGGGAGAUUGUUGGAAACCAAAAGGUGUAUUUUACAUCAUGAUGAAUUUAGUUACGAUACCAAAUUAUUGUGUUCAGUUCAUAAGUCGAAAUAUUGAAACACCAACGAUUGUAAACACGAAAGGCGACUUGUUUGAUUCCUCGGGAGACGGCGAAAUAAACACCAUUGAGGUGGAUUUGAAUAUUGUUGCCGAUUCAAACGACCGCACUGUCCAUGCAGGUCACCCAAAACGGCACGACGAGGUCGCGAGACCAAGUCGGGGCCGAUUGGCGGGCGAGCGAAAGAGCGAGCGAGAGAGAAUAGGAGAGGGCGCUAGUGGCGCGUUGGCCUGA